AAAUGUGCAAAAUGUCACACAAAAAAAUAAGGUAAAUAAAAAGUGACAUUUCACGAAAAAUCGUAAGGAAAACAAAUCGCAACGAGCAACAACUUAAUUAUAUUGAGUGGCUCCAGUGCAAAAUAAAAUGUGAAACCGAUUCGGACAACCAAUUGAAUUCAACUAUGCAUUCAACACCAAUUUUAUGGCUGCUUAUCACAUUCUGCACAGUUCCGCCAAAUGUGAGCGCAGUUAAUCACUGGAUUGUUUCCGUUGACGGUAAAAUUCAGCCAAAGAUUGACUCGCCAUUCUUCUUGCGACGGCCGAACGACCUAGUUGCAUUUUUACGACAAAGUGAAUACCUUCAGCUGAUCAUCUUACUCAAUGCUAAGCUCCUUCUGCUUAAGACCGAACUGGUCAAGAAGAUGGAAGAGGCGAACACAUACACCAUUGAUUUUAUGUAUCAAACGGAGUGCAUCAUCAACUAUCUGGUGCAGGAAACGGACAUGUACAGCACCCUGAAAGCGAAAAAAUACUUCAAUCGAAUCAAUACCAAGAAGUACAAUCGACAACCGGAACCAACAACCCCACCGAAUACGAUAACAAAAUCGAAAACGUCCCUGCCAGUCUGUGAAUCGAUUGGUUUUUGUAUGGCCUGUAUGGACCACCUUGAAUCGAUGAUGCAUCGUGGCAAACUGGAGAUGUCACCCGAACUGGAUCUGAAUGCGAAAGAGCUGGGCCUCUCGUCGAUGAAUGAAAUUUUAGUGACUGGACUUCGCAACGAUCCACAAUCGUGGAAAUAUCCGGUAUUAAGCUCAUAUUUCUGGCGUGCACUGGGUAUGGCCAACCAGGCAAUGGAAUGUGCCAGACGAGCUGUUCAUUUGUCGCCGAGGAAAUACAAAGACAUUGCCCUGCUGAGCAUGGGAACAAUUUUACAACGAUCGAACCGGAGUAGUGAUGCACUGAUUGUGUUACACGCGGCGACCGAUCAUGCACCGAAUGUGGUGGAAAAUCAGGUGGCACUGGCCAAUGGCUAUUUUCUGGUGUCCGAUUUCAAUCGAUCAAUCGAUUGCUUCGAAAUAGCCAAAGUGCUCGAUCCAAGCUAUUCCGAAAAGGAGAAGUACAUGCGCAAAUCGAUGACGUGCUUCAAAUACAUCAAAAUGAAGCUGAAACAAAUCGAACGCCAAUUGAUGGACAUGAAGUCCGAUCUGGUUAGCUUCAGCGAAGGCAAAGAAUACCUGGACAAAUAUUACGAAAAAUUGCUGCGCGAACAGGUGCCAAUCGGAGCCCGACUGGCCGAACCAUCGUUUGACGUACACUCGCAUCAUCUGUUACAUCACGGUCAAUAUUGCUCCAUACGAAAAACGCAACACUCAAAAGAACCGGUGCUGUUCUGUGAUUUCUAUUCGGAUUUGCAGAUGCAGUUGAACAAAGACUCCACCAUUGACACCAUUCAAAAUUACAUCGACACUAAGACUGAAUUCGUUAAGAACCAAUGGCAUCUGUCGCUUGGUGCGUACAAAAAUUUAGAUAUCGAAAGCUUUUCCGGUCAGCUGGACGUACAAGAUGAGUGAAUCGAAAUGGAAGAAUGGAACGGAAACGAUGGCACAAAUUUAUAUGGACAAAAUUAUAAUACGGAACCAAAAUUCAGGACUUUUUUUCGAUGUUCUAAAAAUAUUUUAUUUUUUAUAUAAAAAAAACAUCAAAACCAAAAAAAAAA